AUGGCCAAGCCCCAAAUUCAGGGUCUUUUUGUUAGCUUCUGCUCGGCCCACGACGACGGCGGCGGCGGCGGCGGCGGUGUCGGGCGCGGGUCUUCAGGGAUCAUGGGUGUAGUGAAUUGGGAUUCAUUUGCAGGUGGCUGGGGGAUGUGUCGGUCGGCGGCAGGCGCAAGUGACUUGCAGCAAGCAGGAGCAGCCGGCCUGCCUUCCAAGACCCCAAGAAACUCUCUCAAAGUGGCAGCCAUGGAAGAAAUGCAGACGUGCGUGCAUGCACCGGUCAAACAAAUCGCUGUCCCAGACUCGUACCUAACCCCCCAAGUCGCCCAGAGUCCAAAAGUCGGUCUUCUCCCUCCCUCGCUCGCUAUCCACCGGCUGAAACGCGGCAAGGUCCAUCCUGCGCUCAGCAGUUGGCGCGACACGGUCCACGGUCCACCGACGAUACCUUCCAAUCCCAACCCACGCCCCGACUCCCUCUUCCCUCUCCUCCCCCUGCUCUCUCUCCCACCUCCACUGCUAGCCUCCCGCCCCAGCUCCACCGAGGCACGCACUGGCCCUGGCCCUGGCCCUGGCACGAGUAGGUAUGUAUGUAUAUAUCUAUACAACCCGCUCACCGCCACCCCCAUGACUGCCGCCCAUUCGUCUUCCUCGCCCUUGGGAGCGAGCGAAGAUCUGCACCCCCAGCAUCUGCUCCACCGCCUUGAAGCCAUGUCCACCGCAAAUGACCGCGACCGCCCGGCGACUACGACGACCACCACGACCCCUACGACGGCGACCCCAACCACCAUGACAAGCACGACGACGACGACGAUUUCAACUUCAACUCCAACCCCAACCCCAACUUCGACUUCGACUCCAAGCCAGACGCCUGGUCACGACUCCACUACACCUUCGCUGCAACAGAACUCUUCCCUUCCUCCCUCCUCCCCCAUGAACAACAGCCCAAAACCGCCAGCCUCUCGAGCGAGCUGCCGGCUAGAGGACACGGUGGACCUGGGCCAAGGCAACCACACCCUGUCACGGCAGCUCAGUAACGCGUCCGACGACAGCAGCACCUCGCGCCGACCCUCCACACCACGCUCUCAGACAGCUCCUUCCCCCGACACCAUGACGCCCGCCCACGCCCAGCUUCCUCGCAACCGAUCUCCCUAUGCGCGAUCUCACCUGCGUACCCAGAGCACCUCGGCCCUGCCCAGGGCACCUCCCAUGACGCGCGCCCACUCUCUCCCGACGGUUAUGCAGCCCAUCGGGAACCUCAUGCUCUCACCUACCCUGACACCGCUUGCCCGCCCGGUCUCGCCUCUGCGCUCGCCCAAGCGAACACGAAGCCCCCGCGAUGCCGACGCGCGCGCGAUGCCAGCAAGCCCACACGAGCGCUAUGGCUCUGGACUGCGCCCGGCCUCGAUAGGCUCCUUUGAGGGCGCACCCAGCGUCUGCGAUAUAUCAGAGGACGCAGAGCUGGACCUCACACCGCGUGCCGCUUCGGGCGUGUCGAGCUUGUACAGCAGCACCGGCUCGCUCUCUAGGCGAAGACGGCCAGCAUCGCCACUGUACCACGUCUCCGUCUCUUUGCCCGGUCUCUCGUCCAACCCUUCGAGCACCAGCACGCCGACCUCGACCACCUCUUCACCGCUUCUUGCCGCUUCCAAGUUCAAUGAGCAGUACCCGCCAUCGCUUGCCUCGUCGUCUGUGCCCUCGACCCCAACCUCGAUGCGCUCUCGCAGUCCAUCCAUCUCUUCUCUCGAGACCAUUGAAGACAGUCCGGAUGCAGAAGAGGAGGCGAUUGAGGCUGACCGCAUUGCCCGACUCAAGGCCGCAGCGGACCGUGAGGAGGGUGAGGAGCAGAGGCGGUCUAGCUUGGACCAGCCCGAUGGCCGUGGCCGUAGCCUUGGCUUUGGCUUUGGCUUCGGUAAGCGUGAUGCCAGAAAGAGAUGGAGUGUAUGCGGAGCCGAAAGGCGCCAAGACUUGGAUCUCGAGACGAUCUGGGAGGACUGA